GCACCGCAGUAACCGGAGUUCCAGCAUUCGUUGGAAUUAUUCUGAUACUCCAGCUUUUACAACCCGGAUUCAGUCAAUUUCUCGAUCCAGCCUGCGGAAUCCGAACAGAAUCGACUGCGAGUCCCUGGAUAGUAAAGAUAAAUUUGUGUGCAGUGGAUCCCUCAUCACAAACAAACUAGUACUCACUGCAGCUCUUUGCCUUAUAGCUCAGCCACUCAACCAGAAGUGUGCGCUAAAUUCAACGGCUUAAACAUCUCUGGCAACCAAUUCUGCGCAGGCAACUGGGACAGUAAUCUCUGCGACGGCGGUUUCGGUAGUCCAUUAGGAGCAACGAUCACAUAUAAGAACACACAGCGAUUUGUCCAAAUCGGAAUAGCCAGCUAUACAAACGUAGAUUGCGAAAAGGCUGUUGUUCUGACGUUCUGAGACGUUCUGAGCCAUGUCGACUUUAUUCGUCGAGUGUGGAGGAUGCACGGCAGUGGUCAAGGGCUACCGAUCCUAAAGAAACCCAUUACGACCAACCGUGCCCAGGACUACGAUUCCGAUACAAAUGAUGGUUCGUAUUCCGAAUGGAACUAUAGUCCCGAAGUGUUUUUAGAGAGAUCCUAGUAAGAGUUUUCAGAAUAUUUCAAAUAGAUUUGAAGAUCCAUUAUAUGUAAUAAAUAAAGAAUGCAUAUUCAUAUAUAAAGUAAAAACAAAUAUAAAUAAGAAAUGGGGACCUAAUCACAACUAUCUUGCGAAUCGAGGGUCUUACUGAGAAAUUUCACACACACAAAUUUCUUGGAAUCAAGUCUUGAUAAGACCAUUGCCGACGUUAUAAAGCAGAGGUUCCAGACAGAUUUCCCGACAUUCGAGCAAGAAAGAGCGCAGUUAUGGAAUACCUAGCAUUUGCCAUUGUGGCAAUGCUUUUUGUUCUUCCACUUCCCGGAUCUGGCCAGUUUCUCGACCAAAAUUGCGGAAUUCGAAGUGAGCCAAAAAAUGUGAUAAGGGUCAUUAAUGGCCAAAUAGCGAAAUAUAACUCGAGUCCAUGGAUGGUAUUUCUCAAAUCAACUGAUGGUGCUUUCGUGUGCGGCGGAACGUUGAUCACAAACAGGCUGGUACUGACUGCAGCGCACUGCCUUCAACGUAACCAGACAUUAUUUGCUCGUCUGGGGGAGUACAAAAGAAGUGCAAAGGACGGUGAAUGCGUUGGAAGUAACUGCCAUGUUCGAGUAAUUCGCAAAGUGGACGGGGCCUUCAAGCCCCGGAGAUUUGAUAGCAAAAUGCUUUGGAACGACAUUGCCAUUCUGCGACUAGAAAGACCUGUGGUUUACACAGAUCACAUUAGACCCAUCUGCAUUUUGUUAAAUACUAAAUGGAGGAAGUAUAUCGACAGCAUCCCGAUACUAACCGGAACUGGAUGGGGCAUCACCGAGGACGGAGCAGACAGCGAUUUCCUCAGGACCCUAGACAUACGGCGCCAACCACCACAGGUGUGCCGCCAGUAUAUCGGUGCUAAUAUCGUGGGGAAUCAGUUCUGCGCGGGAAACAGGAACAGUAAUCUGUGCAAUGGCGAUUCCGGUGGUCCUCUGGGAGCCUUGGUCCCCUAUAAGAACUCAAAGCGCUACGUCCAAAUCGGUAUUGCCAGCUUCACAAAGAAAAAAUGCCAGUAUGCAAGUGUGUACACGAAUGUUAUGAGCCACAUCGACUUCAUUCUCAAGGUGUGGCGUAACUUCGGCAAUGGUCAGAAGAAGAUAGUUCUAAAUAGACCCCAGAUCAGACCAUCAACUCGACCACCCACUCGACCACCCACUCGACCACCCACUCGACCACCCACCCGACCACCAGUUAGCCCACCCAUCCCACCACUAAUUUUCCCAACAACAAUCCUCCCACCACCAGUUCUCCCACCCAUCCCACCAGCACCCAAUCCUCCCUUUGUGCCACCAGCCGUGCCCUCAAUUCCGGAACAUAGCUUCGGAGAUUUCAUGCCAGAUCACGGGCAUAGCCAUGAUGAUUGGAUGGGGCACCACCAUGAAGGUCAUUCCUGGGAAUGGGACUUUGACUAUAAUUUUCACUGGGGGGGCGAUUGGCACGAUUCGCAUGAGUAUUUCGAUUGAC